AUGAUCGCGUCGUGCCUGUGUUACCUGCUGCUGCCGGCCGCGCGCCUCUUCCGUGCCCUCUCAGAUGCUUUCUUCACAUGUCGAAAAAAUGCCCUCCUGGCGAAGAGCUCGUCCACCCAGGUAGAGGGCAGCUUUGCCAUGGCCCCUCGGGGGCCCGACCAGGAGGAGUGUGAGGGCCUGCUACAGCAGUGGCGAGAAGAAGGGUCGAGCCAGGUGCUCUCAACUUUGAGUGAGGGUCCCCUUGUAGAUAAGGGACUAGCCCAGAGCAGCCUGGCGCUUCUGAUGGAUAAUCCUGGAGAACAGGAUGCUGUGUCAGAGGACAAGUGGUCCAGCAGGCAGCUGAGUGAUCUACAGGCAGCAGAGAACCUGGAGGAGCCUUUCCCUGAGGUGCUAGGAGACGAGCCACUGCCAGAGGUCGAGGGCCCAGUGUGGACAGCUGUCCCCAUGCAGACCGGCCCCCAGUAUGCAGACUGCGCUGCCCUCCCAAUGGGUGCCCUGGCUGCAGAGCAGUGGGAAGAGGACCCUGCAGUGGUGGCCUGGAGCAUAGCACCUGAGCCUAUGCCCCAGGAAGAGGCUCUCAUCUGGCCUUUUGAGGGCCUGGGGCAGUUGCAGCCUCCCCCGAUGGAAAUCCCGUAUCAUGAAAUCUUGUGGCGAGAAUGGGAGGAUUUCUCUACUCAGCCAGAUGCUCAGGGCCUGGAGGCGGGGGAUGGCCCUCAGUUCCAGUUCACUCUAAUGUCCUAUAACAUCCUGGCCCAGGACCUGAUGCAGCAGAGCUCAGAGCUCUACCUGCAUUGCCACCCAGACAUCCUCAAUUGGAACUAUCGCUUUGCGAAUCUCAUGCAGGAAUUCCAGCACUGGGACCCUGAUAUCCUGUGUCUCCAGGAAGUCCAGGAGGAUCAUUACUGGGAGCAGCUGGAGCCUUCUCUGCGAAUGAUGGGUUUUACCUGUUUCUACAAGAGGAGGACCGGAUGUAAGACAGAUGGCUGUGCUGUCUGCUACAAGCCCACGAGAUUCCGUCUGCUCUGUGCCAGCCCUGUGGAGUACUUUCGGCCUGGCUUGGAGCUCCUCAAUCGGGACAACGUGGGCUUAGUGUUGCUGUUGCAGCCACUAGUCCCAGAAGGCCUGGGGCAAGUCUCGGUGGCCCCUCUCUGUGUGGCAAAUACCCAUGUCUUAUACAACCCACGCCGGGGUGAUGUCAAGCUGGCCCAGAUGGCCAUUCUCUUGGCAGAAGUGGACAAAGUGGCCAGGUUGUCAGAUGGCAGCCAUUGCCCCAUCGUCUUGUGUGGGGACCUGAAUUCUGUUCCUGAUUCACCUCUCUACAACUUCAUCAGGGAUGGGGAGCUCCAGUACCAUGGGAUGCCAGCCUGGAAGGUAUCUGGACAGGAAGACUUCUCCCAUCAGCUUUACCAGAGGAAGCUACAAGCCCCACUAUGGCCCAGCUCCCUGGGUAUUACUGAUUGCUGUCAGUAUAUCACUUUCUGUCACCCCAAGAGAUCAGAGAGACUACAGUAUAGCCGAGACUUCCUGAUGCGAUUCCGUUUCUGUGAUGUUGCCUGUCAGCGACCAGUGGGACUGGUUCUUAUGGAAGGAGUGACAGAUACUAAGCCAGAGCGACCUGCUGGCUGGGCUGAGUCUGUCCUUGAGGAAGACACAUUGGAGCCUGAGCCUGUCUUGCCCAGGACUGUAGGUACCAUCCAGCACUGUCUUCACCUGACCUCGGUAUAUACUCAUUUCCUGCCCCAGCAUGGCCGCCCAGAGGUCACCACAAUGCCCUUGGGUCUUGGAACAACAGUGGAUUACAUCUUCUUCUCAGCUGAGUCCUGUGAGAAUAGGAACAGAACUGAUCGCAGGCUGUGUCAAGAUGGGACUCUCAAACUUCUGGGCCGUCUCUCCCUCCUCUCUGAAGAGAUUCUCUGGGCUGCCAACGGCUUACCCAACCCCUUCUGCUCUUCAGACCACCUCUGCCUGCUGGCCAGCUUUGGGAUGCAAGUCAUCGCCCCAUGA